AUGUCAUUUGGCCGCGGAGUUGUCACGGAACGUGGUGUCCUCCCACUGACGGUGGAUGAACUUGUGGAGAGCUAUCAGCACACUCAGCACAUUAACGAGGAACUCUGUACCUUCAUCGACAAUAUACGUGUAGAGUGUAAUAGGAUUACUGAAACUUUCCCUCAUGCUGCUCAGGCGCUUCGGGAGCUCUUUGCAGCUGCUUCUCGUGAGAAUACGGCUGCCGCGUCUUUAUUGAUCUCAUGUAAAGUAAAUGACAGUAGCGUACACGGUAGGAGCCUUAGUAACACCUGCAGUGUUGUUGACGACGGUGGCGGUGUGCUAGAGGGUGUGGCGGUUAGGCGCAAAACAACAACUGAGGUGCCUCAUGCGACUGCGAUAAGCUCAACGAAGUCACGAUUUUUGCGAUUUGUAGAAGAGGCUAAGCAUGACUACAAGGAGGAAUGCGGCGUCUUGCGGCUCAAGCUCUUGGCAAUGGAGAGUGAACAAAAGCUGUUGCUGCACGCCCAACAAAAGCUGUGGGAACAAGAGAAGAAGCAUGUGGCGUGCGUGUCGUCGUUAGACGCAUGUUGCAAUGAACUCGCCAUGGCUCGUUCGCAGUGCAGUUUUCUCCUGGUGGUACUCAACGGCGGUGAGGCCAUGACCAUCGCCUCUCCAGUUCAGCAUGUUAUCCAGCAGAUUAGUGACCGCACCUCACUGCGGGGCAGAGAGUGUGACGGAUCCACAGCACAGACGGAGUCCGAGGCGGCUGAGGACGAUUCAAUGCGUUCUCUCGCAGCCCGUUUGGUGCAGACAGAAAUCAGUCUCCAGGAGUCCCAAGCAGCAGUGAAAUCACUUGAAGACAACGUCAGGAAGCUAGAGUACAGUAACGAUCAGCUUGGCAAAAGGCUGGGGGCACUGACGGCGGAGCGCGACACACUAAAGUUGCAGAACGGACAGCUGGAAGGGCAGUUACAUCGCUUGUUGUCGUUGUUUCACGACCACCCUGAGGCGCGGCAGAGGAUACAAGACGGUGAAGGGGCAAAAACGGUGUUGGCGUGUGAGGCUAAGAAGGGGUUGGAGAAGGACAAAAUGCGGGAAGUCGUAGAACAGCUUCGUCGUGAGAACCGUGGGCUUCAGAACUCACUUUUGCAGCUUCAGCGGCAGGUCAAUGAUUCUGAGUUGCGGACAGAGGAGAUGUACGCUGCAGGUAACGGGGAUAUUUUACUGUUGAAGGAGGAGGUGGCGCGCCUUAACGACGCUCUGCGAAAGAGGCAGUUUGCAUUCGAACAGGCUCGUCAUGAUGGGGAAAAGGCGGCGGCGCGGUGGGAGCUGCUCGAUAAGGUGCACCGCACUGUCAUUCACCACCUGUCGACGCGGCUGAUGUAUGACGUUGCCAGACGGUUUUGCCCGUCUUCUUCUUUUAAAGGAACACCUGCAAAAAGGCCCUCCCCCAUCUCCACAGAGGAGCUCAAGAUUAAAGGGGCCAAUGCAACAUUAUUAUCCUCUGUAGCGGCCGCAGAAGGGCCUGAAAUGAGGCAAACGCAAGAGGAAGUAACCGCAGUAGUGGUAGAGUCUUCAUUCAGCCAGUCCGGCAAUGACACACGUGUCCAGGAACUUCUUUCUCUAAUUGAGUCGAAGGAUGCGCAACACCGCAUAGCGUUGAAGCACUGGCAACAGGUGAACCAGGAACUACGCUCUGCUCUCGCGAACUCGCAAGGGGAAUUAAAACGAUGUGAGGAGCGUAUCAAGGCCAUGGAGCGAGCAAAAGAUGCCUCUGUUAGCCACGCUACGACAUAUUCACAGGGGGAUGUUGGUGAUAUGUAUGGGACUUGCGCCGGAGAUGAUUCGGCAAAGGCCCGGCCAACUUCCUUGCAGGAGCAUACAAGUGUAUCCGGUUGGAAACCAAUAAAAAAGGCGGGAAAUGAGACCCGCCCUCAGCGUGUGUUGGAGAUACAGGAAGGAAAGCCCUUUCUUAAUAUCCUUUGGCAGGGUGCUCGGGAGCGCUGCUCCUUGUCGGAGUGGGGCGCCAGAAGCAAGACAGCGGCGAUAAACAGCCUACCUGGGAGUGCUACUGCGCCUUCGGCUACGACGGAUCCUUCUGCUGUUGCUGUUGAUUUAUCCGGUGCCAUUCCAAUUCGUAACCUCCAGCGCAUGCUGCACGACGUCUUGCAGGAGAACAUGGCCCUUGCAGCUAGGGUGGAGGAGCUUGAGAACAGUUAA